UCAGUACAAGAAAACUUGAACGAGUAGCCUGGAAAUCCGCCAGGAGCCGAGUGCAGACGCUCGCGUGACGCCUCCGCCGCGGCUGAUUGAGGGGCUACAGAGAGAAGAGAGGCGGUUGGCCCUUCGCUGUGUGCUGCGUUACGGGGGACUUUAAACCAGCGAAACGCAGUUUUGUAAACUUAAUAAAAGUCGCCGCGGACUGCAGCUGUCAUCCUUCUGGAGUGAGUCGGUAGCGCGUUUCGUACCCACCGACUGCCUUUAACGCAAGAAAGCGGCCGAACGCGAUCGUUGGAAGAAAGCUGAAGUUUAUUGAAGACCCGAAUGAGAUCCUUCUUUUUAGAACUGAAGGAGCAGUGAACGCACGAUGUCCAAAUAUCUGAGGCACUUCACAGCCGUGGGUGAUGACCAUCACAGCCAAGUCAAGCAGCACUAUGACCAGUUUAACGAGCAUAUGCAUGGACUGGAGGUGGAGCCACGGCCUGUGGUUCAGGCUCCAACGCUCCGCGACAGUCUGAAGAAGCUGUUCAGCUCCCACCGUUUUCAGGUGGUGGUCGUCUGCCUGGUGAUCCUGGAUGCCUUGUUUGUAUUGUGUGAACUUCUCAUGGACUUAUCCAUCAUUAAAGCUGAUGAGCAUAAGAUUGCCCCUCAGGUUUUCCACUACCUCAGCUUGGCCCUUCUCUCUUUCUUUAUGGUGGAACUUUUUGGCAAGUUGUAUGCAUUUCGUCUGGAGUUCUUCCAUCACAAGUUUGAAGUGUUUGACGGGAUAGUCGUUAUUGUUUCUUUCAUCCUGGACAUUAUCUACAUCUCGCAUGAAGAUGCCUUUGAUGGUGUGGGGUUGCUCAUCUUGUUGAGGCUCUGGAGGGUGGCAAGGAUAAUCAACGGAAUUCUUGUAUCGGUACAGUCACAAGCAAAUCAAAAAAUUGAGAAGCUGAAAGAGACCAAUGACGAGCUAACGCAGCGGGUCAGCGAACUUGAAAAUGAUAAAAGACAGAAGGAAACUGAAAUCGAGAGAUUGUACACAGUAUUGCGACAGAAUGGAAUUACAAUACCUUCUCUAUCGGAUGGUGCAGUUUGCUAAUUAAGUCUGAUGACACUACUGAGCUCGUACAGAAUAUAUUGAGCCUCUGAGAUGUAGAAAAUUCAUCUGUAUAAUAAAGGCCGAUUUCCCAGAUCACUUAGAUCAUGUUGUGAGUAUGCUUAAACUGGGCUGACAAAAUGCAUCACCAUUAUUGUAUUAUUUCAAAUCCAGUGCCAUUAUUGUAUUAUAAAUCAUUCGACCUCAAGCAACCCAAGAUGCAUUAAUUAAUGUUGGGCAAACAAGACUGUCGGUGAGUUUUCUCAUCCCAUCAUUCUUCUUAAUGUCACUUUGUAAGUUAAGUAUAUUGCUAAGUGGCAAUGGGGUUAAUGUGAUUGCAAAUGUUAUUUCAGUGACUUAACUUGGUGUUACAAGGUGACUAAUUACAUUAAAAGUGUGUGUUUUUAUAUUUGUGACUAAACUGGUCAAAGUGCAUAUAACUGAAGUACAAUUCCAUUUCUGGAUUUUGAUUUUCUAUACUUUAAUAAGGCACAGUGGGGCGGUUGUUUCAUUGUUUAAAUCAAGCCAUUGUAAAAUCUCCCUAAAUUGUAUCGUUUUGGAAUCUAGUGCUUCAGCUUUUAUAAAUACAUUUUUUAUUUUUGUCAGAUGCUUUUUAUGAAAAAAAAAUAUAUGUGUCUUCUUUGGACUCGGUUUGUAAAAUGCAUUAUGUUAAGAAGUAGUCGUCUUGGUUGUUUCUGCAAGUUUUAUUUGUUGCUGUAGUGAUUUGUGGAUGGAGUGAAAUGAUUUAAAUAACGGUCUCUAUGAAGUAGCUUCUGUGUAUUUUCUCGUGACACGUAAACAUUUUAUACUUUACAAGUUGGUCUGAAAUUCGUUAAAUCCAAAUAUGUGUGUAAAUUGUAAAUUCAUACAGGUACCACAAACUUAUGGCAUAUGGAAGGGUGGUGAAACCCCAGUGUACCAUACUAACCCAAUAUGAAUAUUGAGGGGUUUUUAUGUUUUGACAUACAUAAUACUCCACUUAAAUUUUUUUUUUUAUAUUUUAUGUUAUUUACCCCAUGUAUUUUGUAGUGAUGGUCAAGAAAAAAAAUAAUCUCCUGUUUUCAUGCAGAAUGGAGAAAAACAGUUUAUAUAAUACAGCGGUUCUCAAACUGACCCUCGACUUUAACAAGAGCCCCAGUCCCUGAACUAGCCACACAGCCCCACAGCAUGAUGGAACCUCCACCAAAUUUGACAGUAGGUAGCAGGUGUUUUUCUUGGAAUGCGGUGUUCUUCUUCCACCAUGCAAAGCGCUUUUUGUUUUGACCAAAUAACUCCAUUUUUGUCACAUCAGUCCAAAGCACUUUGUUCCAAAAUGAAUCUGGCUUGUCUAAAUGAGCAUUUACAUACAACAAGCAACUCUGUUUGUGACGUGAGUGCAGAAAGGGCUUCUUUCUCAUCACCCUGCCGUACAGGUGUUCUUUGUGCAAAUUGCACUGAAUUGUAGAACGAUGUGCAGAUACACCAUCUGCAGCAAGAUGUUCUUGCAGGUCUUUGGAGGUGAUCUGUGUGUUGUCUGUCACCAUUCUCACAAUCCUGCUCAUAUGCUGCUCCUGUAUUUGUCUUGGCCUGCCGUUUAACAGCAACUGUGCCUGUGGCCUUCCAUUUCCUGAUUCCAUUCCUUACAGUUGGAACUGACAAUUGAAACCUCUGAGAUGGCUUUUUGUAGCCUUCCCCAAAACCAGCAGUUCUCAAACUGUGGGGUGCGCCCCCCAAAGUAACAAAAAAGGGGGCGUGAAUGUUGCCAUAGGUGGCGUAAAUUCGCUAUUCAUAGGGAAAUUUUAAACUUGUAGCGGUGUAUCGGCAGCAAAAAAUAUAUAGGAAUACAUUUUAUUAGGGUUUCAAAAAAAACGUUAAGGGGGCGCGAUUAAAACUUUUAUGAAAACUCGGGUCGCAAAUACUUAAAAGGUUGAGAAAAGCGGAUAUAAUAUAAGCCAAUAAUGACCAAGUGCUGUACAACGGCAAACAAAUGAGAAAAAAUGUCCAUGCAAAAACAGAAUGUCACGUUACUUGUGUGCUACUGGAUUAAGAUCUGGUGACUGUGAAGGCCACGGAAGAAAACUGAACUCAAUAUCACGUUCAUGUUUGAGAUGACUUUUGCUUUGUGACAGGUUUUAUCAUCAUGCUGGACGUAGCUGUUAGAAGAUGGGUGAAUAGUGGCCAUGAAGGGAUGCCCACGGUCAGUAAUACUACUCAAGUAGGUCACGGCAUUCAAGCAAUGAUUGAUUAGUAGUAAACGGGUCUAAAGUGUGCCAAGAAAACAUUCCCCACACCAUUACACUUAACACCAGCACCGGCCUGGCCUGGAUUCAAAUUUGAACCUUCUCUCUGUGAGCUUCUGCAAAAAUCGAGAUUCAUCAGACCAGGCUUCAACAGUCCAGUUUUAAUGAGCCUGUGCCCACUGCAACUUCAGCUUUCUGUUUUUGCCUGACUCGAGUGAAACCUGAUUUGCCUCAAACUUUGACAUGUUGUUCAUUCUGAGACGCUUUUUGUGCUCAACUCCGUUGUACAACGUGGUUAUCUGAAUUACUUUAGCCAUUCUGUCAACUCGAACCAGUCUGGCCGUUCUCCUCUGACCUCUCUCAUCAACAGAACUGCCGCUCAGUGGAUGUUUUUUGCACUCUUCUGAGUAAACAGUAGAGACGAUUGUGCAUGAAAAUCCCAGCAGAUCAGCAGUUACAGAAAUACUCAAAGUAGCCCCUCUGGCACCAACAGUUGUGCCACAGUCAAAUUUUUCUAACAUUAACUAAAGCACCCACAUCUGCAGGAUUUUAUGAAUUGUGCUGCUGCCAUAUAAUUGGUUGAUUAAAUAAUUGCAUGGAUAAACAGGUGUUCCUAAUUAUUUGCUCAGUAAGACAAAAAAAGUUUUGUUGUCCAUGCAAAGAAAUUUAGAAGCAAAGUACAUUUUAUCCAAGUAUCAAAAUGUGCAAAAAAAACUCUUAAAAUGCAAAAAGAAAAGAGGUUUUCAGUGUAUUGUUGAUGUGCUGUAUUUUAUUAAUUGCGACCAUCUCCAAUACAUUUGGCCUUCAGCAGAAUUUCUUUUUUGGGUCUAAUACUGGAAUUCAAAGACAUUAAAAAAAUUAAAGUUUUACUGGUAAGUUAAAGGAAAUAAGGAAUCCAAUUUCCAAUACUUCAAGAAUACUGUAUUUAUUAUGUUUUUGAUAAUUAUUUUAUAAAACAAAUACAAAAUUUGUAUGCUCCAAACAUAUUCUCUCCUAUAUUACAAAUAAAUAUUUUUAAGUUAAUCAUUUUACGAAAUCUGUUUUAAAGCAUGCCAGUCUGCGAUCUGUGCCCCUGAAGAACCAAAUAUGUUGUA